AUGGCCGCGGCCUUUCGACCAGUAAAUGAAUCCGCCCUUGCCACAGAGGACGUCAUGACGCCAUCAACCGCAACACCACGCCCCAGUACGGCACCGCACUCGCACUCGGCCAACGAGUUUGACGGUUCUACGACGCCGACUCGAUCAACAUUUAGUCCCUCCGUCGCCGGCCAGAAGCCCCUCCCAACAGCCAGCUUCCCGCACCUCUCCCACGCAGCAACCGGGCCGGCCGGUCGGCCAAAGAAUGAAGUACCUCACCAACCACACAUGCCUCCGCAGCGACGAGACUCGAUGGAUAUCGACAUGGACGGUUCUGAUGGGGAGACUGGAGUUGGCGACGAUGGGUUGGGCUCCGACGACGACAGUGUGAAUGCCGACGGUACACGAUCCGGCAAGAAGAAGAAGUCCCAGCGGUUCUACUGUACUGAUUAUCCUCCCUGUAACCUGAGCUUUACCCGGAGUGAGCAUUUGGCGAGGCACAUUAGAAAGCACACCGGGGAGCGCCCUUUCCAAUGCCACUGCUCGAGACGCUUUUCACGCCUGGACAACCUGCGACAGCACGCUCAAACCGUCCAUGUCAACGAGGAUAUCCCCAUUGAUUCCCUGGCUGCUACCGGUUCCAGGUUCCAGAGACAGAUUCGGACCGACCGUGUGCGGCAGGCUGGGAACCGAGCCAGGGCUUCCACUGGUGGGAGUGCUGGUGGCCCGCAGAGGGGACAUUCCAAGUCGCUAUCGACCUCGAGCAUCAAUAGCAUCAGCUCCGUUGGAUCCGUGUUGAGUACGUCUGCUGACUUUCGACGGCGUCCUCCCCCACUCGUCAUGGCCGACCCUCGAAUGAGACCUACUGACGGCUUCUCCUACUAUCCAGCAUCCCCCAGUGAUUUUAGUACUCCAAUGUCGGCGACCUUCUCAACCGGGCGUUCAAGCCCUCGCUGGGGUUCUGGCAUAGCAUCACCCACAGGCGGCCAUUCGCGUUCGCAGAGCUUGUACAAGCCUGAGAUCCGCCCCCAAGGCCGCCGUCUAAGUGUACCAUCCGCAGCGAAUCCUUUCCAGCCGUCGGGGGUUUCUACUCUAGGGCGCCCCUUAUUUGGAGGUCCAGGACCAGUGAACAGUUCCAAUGUCGGGGCUUUUUCGCCAACACCAAGCAAUCUGGCCACUUCACCUUCAAACCCAGGCACUGGAUGGGGUGGGCGAAGAGAUUCGACUUCAAGCAAUGCAGAGGAGGCGUGGAGGAGGCGCACAUGGCAUCCUGAUAGCUACAACUACGCUCACAACCCUACACAACUGAACAAUGUUGCCAACCAGUCUACCAUCGGCCCGCAUCCGCCUCCCCCUAUGGCGAACCCAUCUAACCCGAAAUCCUCCCUUCAGCUGCCAGGCAUCGAGUCUUUCGACAACCCGGCGGCUCAUAUGCCAUCUACUCCACCUCGACCACAGCCAACGCCCAUGAUGGUCGAUGUACAGCCUCCCCCACCUGGCCCUCCAAGCUUGCGAACGGUUGGACGUGAUAUGAACGACGAUCGACGAAACCUCAAUGUCUACGACGCCAGUCUGCAGCGUGGCCUCAACCGCCUGGACAUCAAUCACUCCACCCCACCUCGAGAGACAAUCGGUUCUUGGGCGUCAGAAGCCAACAAGGCGGCUGCCCAAGUCGAAUACGAGCGUGCUAGCCAACCCACGGUCCGCUUCGAAGCACAGCCCAUCCCUCUCACGCCUUAUCAGAAUGGCCCUCCGCAUGGCUCAUUACACCACCACACCAUGUCUGCUCCUUCAUUUACCACGUCCAGGGAGGGCAAGCGUCGUGGUUGGUACAAUGGACCGAUGGCCACUCAUCACGAAGGUGUGCAGCGGCCUCCACAGGACCCCCGCGUGGCCCACGUCGAUCGCAUGGUUCAUCCGAAUUUCAACGGUUUUAGUGGGUUUCUGGCCCGCGAACAACGGCCUGCGAUGCCGCAGCCCCCGCAGCAGCAAUCGGCCCAGAAUGACGAUACCCUCCGACGUCUUGAUGUCCUCGUAGCUGUUGCUACUGGAAAGGGAUCCACUGCCACGGCGUAUUGA